AUGUCUUCGAGUGAAGAGUCUCCGGAAGGUCUCAAUUCUUUUGAGAGUCAUCUGCGCGAGUUGCUGGAUGGUCUCGCAGUCAACCAUUCACCUCUCAGCGCUCGGAAGCAGACGGGACCAGAGAAGCGCCAAGCAACCUCUACAACGAAGGGCAAGAGAACCUUAGCUGACAGGACUGAUCCCAACAGCUUCAGCUUCAAGUUCGACGAAGACGUUUUCACUCCCAACACGCAUCGCUUCACAAGAAACAGCGCAGAGAGUAUCAAUACUAGGUUUGUUGACCAGGAGCAGGCGAACUCCAACUGGCAAUUCAAUGCUGGUGGUGUAGAGAGCGAUGGAACGACCCGACCGACCCCUCCGAGAUCGAGAUCGAGCGGACGACUUGGACGUCGGUCCCCAUUUCGAACUCAAUCGAGACAGGCAUCGUUUGUGGACCCUGCAGAGACAGACAAGACUCCGACAAAGCAGGGCAGUUUUGACGCCGAGGAGUGGAGCCAAAAGAUCAACCCUGAGAUCUUUGUACCGCAACAGACUCAGCGCACGUCUGUAUCUCCCACUCGCGCUGCUCGAGCGGCAACGAAGAAAGGGCGUCCUGUGCGGCAGACUAUGGGUACCGCCGGCAUGGUCGACGAAGAGGAGAGCAGUAGCGGCCCCGAUGAUAGAACUCGGCCAGCAACCGCAGCAAGUCACCUGGCUGGCCAGCCACAAUCAACGAAUAGUCCGAGUGCUAUGGACAUCGACUCUCCGCCUGUCCAGCCGCCAGUCAAACCUCAAACAAACGGUGCUAGAAACAUUCCAGUCGAGCCUUCACGCCCCGAUUGGAGAGCAGGAGUUGUUGAUGGUGUGAAGGAGGAUGCGAAGGCCCCUCCUGUCAUUCCACCAUCAUUCGCUGCAAAUGCCGGAGGCUCAGAAGAUAGUGAAGAGUUCAGGGCUAGCUUCGCCGAUUUCAGAAAGGUUGAGCCUUUUGCAGAGAAGGCCACAGGUCUCAAUUCUUUUGGAGACCUGAAGUCGAACCUACCCUUUGAGAGCAAGGCAUCUAGCCGACCCCCUCUCAAGAAGCAGAAGCCGAAACAAACGAAACUUACGCUACCGCACCCCCCUGAGGCCCCGCGUCCUCCCCCAACACUAGCAGUACCCUCACUGAAGACCAACCCGACAGCAUGGCAGAAAUAUAUCGAAGCUUUCCAUCAGUACAUGCGGGAUUGGCAUGUGUACAAUACUAAAUUCGUCGAGCAUUUCCAUGCACGCGAAGUUGAGAUCCAGCGGGUGAAGACCCUUAAUGACUUUAGCUGGCUGGAUUCGCGCGAUAAUUCGGGCAUUCAGGAGUACCUGGCUUGGGCAGAACAAGACCGACAAGUCCGCGAUCAGUGGACUAAUGCUUGCAACAACCACGAGCAACAUGUCCGCGAGUUCAUGGCACACCGAGAGAAGAUGAAGGUAGAGUUGGCAUAG